AGAAAAUUUGACCAAGCCUCCCCUAUUUGACCUCCAAUACCUUCCGCGUAUACAUUUCCCAACUCCUCUCCCCAAAACCUCAUUUUCACUUUUUCUCCCCCAAAAAAAAUCAAUCCUUUCAAAUCUCCACAUUUAUUUAUUCAUUCAUUCAUCACUAUUCCCUCUCUAUAUCCGCCAUACACACACAAAACACGCACUCACAGAGAAAAAAAUCCAACGAAGAAGAAGAUCAGAGAAGCUUUUCCGGCGGAGAUAAAUGGGAAUCCUCUUCAAGGAAGACAAAUCUCCGACCAAGAGACCGGUGGUAGUGGUCGUCGUCCCGAGAUGGAUUAAGGCCCUGUUUUUCCUAAUCACCAUGCUCAUCUCUCUGCUCCUGUUCUCCGCCCCGGUCCUGCUAGUCAUCGCAGACGCGCUCCUCCCUUCUGCCUUCAUGUCCGCCGCGCUCCGGCCGCCGCCGCUCGGCCUGCGCGCGAUUUCUGACCAGCUCAGCAGCUACGACUUCCGGAGCUCGCUCAUAGACAUCCCGAUCAUCUCCGUGAUACGCUCCGCGAUCAUACUCUUUUGCGACGGGCCGAGGCUGUCGAACGGGCCGUACCUGGGCGUCGCCACCGCGUGCUCGGCGGCGUCGCUGGUGUUCGUGUCGCUGAAAGCUUCGUACGUGUUCGUGAGCGGCGGCGGUUAUUGGGAAUCAAGCGGGUACGUGAGGGCGAUGGUGGUGGCGAUGUUUUUGUCGUCGCUGGGGCUGGCGGUUGGGCACGUGGUGGUGGCCUACCGGACUAGCUGUAGAGAGAGGAGAAAGCUUCUCGUCUACAAAAUUGACAUUGAAGCUGUUUCAGCAUGCAAGAAUGGAUUCCCUAGAUACCAAAAAAUACUCCAAGAAGCCAGAAAAAAUGUCAGGUUUCAG